AUGGCAUCCCAAGAGUCCAUUUCGGAAAGCAACAGCGAGAAGCAGGCGCACCGGGUUCUCUACGAGCAAGGUCUGAAAAUACGCUGCGAGGUGGCUGGCCCGGCUUAUGUAGACGCUGCCCUCCGGAGAGGGUCCUCGGACUUUGCGCGGCCCAUGCAGGAGCUCGUGACCGAAGCUUGCUGGGGUUCGGUCUGGUCGCGGCCGGGCCUCGAGAGAAAACAGCGCUCGCUGCUCAACAUUGCCAUGUUGUGCGCGCUGAAUCGCGGCCCCGAAUUGACGGCGCAUGUACGAGGUGCUCUCAACAAUGGUGCCAGCGAGAUCGAAAUCAGGGAAACAUUGUUACAGGCGGCCAUUUACUGUGGAAUGCCCGCCGGCAUCGAGGGGUUCAAAAUUGCGGAGCGAGUUAUUGAGACAGUCAGGAACGAGAAGAGGCAGACUGAAGUCGCAGAACAUUGA